AUGUACUUCUCCAAAGUCUUCGCCGUUGUGGCUAUCGCACUCGUCGCCAACGCUUCGGCUGCUCCAGCCGUCGAAGCUGUACCAGUGCCUGUACCUGCAGUCUCCGAGGAAAUCCAAUUUUCUGCCAGAGGUUUCGGAUGCCCGAAUGACUAUCCUUGCAACGAGCAUUGCAUUUCGCUCAAGGGAGGACGGACCGGAGGAUACUGUGCUGGAUUUUUAUGGCUCGUCUGCACUUGCAUAUUCGGCAAGAACUAA